UUCCAACCUUUUGCAGCAUGGAACUCUUCUCUGUUUCCCGAUCUUCUUCGCCCGACGCUGCUCUGCUCUCCACCGCACACCACGAAGGCCGGCGGCCUUCCUCUUCACCGCCGGUCGGCCAGCCAUCUCUCUCAGCCUCAUCUCUCUCUUCCCCUUCAUUUCAUCCACAGCCGACGCCCAGAAGUUCCCGCGAUUUUUCUUCUUCCGGACGCCGCGCAUCAUCUUCGAUCGGGAUCUCGUUGACUCCUUCACCACUGCCGCACCACCAGCUUCCACAUCCACCGUUCAUUUUCAUCCAUCCGGCCUACCAUCUCCUUCUCGGGUUAGACGAAGAGAUCCGGCAGCCCUUCCUCUCCAUCGGCAGCCCUCCUCUUCGGGUUAGAAGAGGAGGAUUCGUCUUCCAUCUGAUCCAGAUCCAGCCAGCCACAGUUUCCCCUUCUCUUCGGGUUAGAAGAGAAGAAGGCUUUCACUUUAUCCUGCUACGCUAAUGGCCUUCAUUCCGGGCAGCCCGUUUGAUGCCAUCAGCCGAUCCUUCAUCAGAUUUCAGUCUUCUCCGCAAUUGCAUCAAGUAAAUUGCAAUGAAUAUUUCGCACAUGUGCAGAAUUUGAAAAAAAUACUAGUAGAGCUUGCUCCUCCUGAGGUAUGCUUUUCCCAAAGUGAGACUAUUUCUUCCCAAAGUGAAGAAAUAAAACUCUUAAACAAGGAGGACUCACAUCAAGUAAAUUGCAAUGAAUAUUUCGCACAUGUGAAGAAUUUGAAAAAAAUACUAGUAGAGGUUGCUCCUCCUGAGGUAUGCUUUUCCCAAAGUGAGACUAUUUCUUCCCAAAGUGGAGAAAUAAAACUCUUAAACAAGGAGGACUUGCAUCAAGAUGAUUGCAAUGAAAUUUUAGCACAUGUGCAGAGUUUGAAAAAAAUACUAGUAGAGGUUGCUCCUCCUGAGGUAUGCUUUUCCCAAAGUGAGACUAUUUCUUCCCAAAGUGAAGAAAUAAAACUCUUAAACAAGGAGGACUCACAUCAAGUAAAUUGCAAUGAAUAUUUCGCACAUGUGAAGAAUUUGAAAAAAUUACUAGUAGAGGUUGCUCCUCCUGAGGUAUGCUUUUCCCAAAGUGAGACUAUUUCUUCCCAAAGUGGAGAAAUAAAACUCUUAAACAAGGAGGACUUGCAUCAAGAUGAUUGCAAUGAAAUUUUAGCACAUGAGCAGAGUUUGGCAAUACUAACUGAGGAGGACUUGCAUCAAGAUGAUUGCAAUGAAAUUUUAGCACAUGUGCAGAGUUUGGCAAUACUAACUACAAAGGUUGCUGCUCUCGAGGAGACAUGCUCUUCCCAAAGUGGAGAAAUAAAACUUUUGCGGCAACUACUUGCGUUUUCCAAUGAGAAACUGAAGAGAGCCGACUUGACAACUGCUGAAGUUGUGAAGAAUUAUGAAGAGAAGAAGAAACAAGUUACUGAUUUACAAGGCCAUCUUGCAGAUGCAAAGCUUCAGAUAGUGGAAUUAGAGAGGAUUCGAAAAAAGCUGCAUAACACAGUAUUGGAACUUAAAGGGAACAUUCGUGUGUUCUGUAGAGUUCGUCCUCUGUCAUAUGAAGGAAGCACAAGUGAAUCGGUUUCUUCUCUACCAUUCAUUGAUCCUUUUGGCCAUGAGAUUAACUUGACAAAUAAUGCCCAGUCAUACCAUUUUGCUUUUGAUAAAGUAUUCGGCCAUGAAGCUUCUCAAGGAGAUGUUUUUGAAGAAAUAUCUCAGUUAAUUCAGAGUGCGCUUGAUGGCUAUAAGGUUUGCAUAUUUGCAUAUGGUCAAUCUGGGUCUGGGAAAACUUACACAAUGAUGGGCAAUGUUGAAUGCCCUGAACGGAAAGGAGUUAUUCCUAGAUCAUUUGAGCAAAUUUUCGAAACUAUUCAAUUUCUACAAUCUCAAGGUUCAAAAUACAAAAUGCAGGCAUCCAUGCUAGAAAUAUAUAAUGAUACCAUUCGUGAUUUAUUAUCACCCGACAAUCCUACUAGCUUGGAAGCAAGUGCUCGUGUUAGCAAACAAUACUUAAUCAAACAUGAUGCCGAUGGUAAUGCAUUUGUGACUAAUCUCAUCGUAAUAGAUGUUUGCAACAAAGAGCAAGUCUCAUUACUCCUUCAACGAGCUUCAUUGAAUAGGUCUGUUGGUAAGACCCUAUUAAAUGAGCAAUCGUCAAGAAGCCAUUUUAUCUUCACUUUGAAGAUUGUUGGCGUUAAUGAGAGAACACAACAUCAGGUUGAAGGGGUACUGAACUUAAUUGAUCUUGCCAGAAGUGAGCGCCUUGCCCAAAGUGGUGUUAUCGGUGAUCGCCUGAAGGAAACACAGGCCACCAACAAAAGUUUGUCGGUAUUAAGCGAUGUGAUCCUUUCAAUUCGACAAAAAAAAGAUCAUGUUCCUUUUAGGAAUUCAAAGUUAACACAUCUUCUACAGCCUUAUCUCGGGGGGGAUUCGAAGACUUUAAUGUUUGUCAAUAUAUCGCCAGAGGCAACUUUUUUUGGAGAAUCCCUAAAUUCACUCAGAUUUGCAAACCAAGUUCAUUCAUGCGAGCUUGGAAUUCCGCGACACCAAACCCCGACACCAAAGUUUGACUCACGACGGAGACAUGGGCUGUAAAGGUGGUGUUGGACAUGGAAAUAUAUUAGAGAAUGGUGUUGGUGGUGGGCAUGGUGGAAAGGGAGGAGAUGGCCAUUUUAAAGAUAUUGUUGUGAAGGGUGGCAUUGCCGAUGGAAAUGCUGAUUUUCCUUGUGAACUUGGUAGUGGUAGUGGAAAUGAUAGUCUACCGUAUGGAACUUCUGGUGGUGGUAUCGUACGUAUGUCUUGCCUGUGAUCAACUUUCUGCUUUGUUUAUUGCUAGAGCAUUUAGGUAAAAGAGGUAAGGGAGAAUGGAUUCUGAUUCAUAGGAAAAAAAUAUCUACUCAGUUGUUGUCUAUUCUAUUAUGUCUAUGAAUCAAUUUCACAAAAUUAGUUUGUGUUUAUUCAUGUGUUUAUUUUUUUUUGAAACUAUCUUUGUAAAACUGCUGAUAUCUUGUUCUGGAAUGCUGUUCCUAUCAUGACGACCACUUCAGUUAUGGGUUCAAUGGAGCAUGCCCUAGUCAGCUUCUCAGUCGAAGGCUCAGUUGAAGCAGAUGGGGAGGAUUUCAAAGAAGCUACCAUCAGCAAUGGCUUGUUAGAUGCAGGGCCUGGUGGUGGCUCUGGUGGUACUAUUCUUCUAUUUCUGCACUCCUUAACCCUGGGUGAUUCAUCUAUCCUUUCUAGUGUUGGUGGGCUUGGCGGCGGCAGUGGAGGAGGUGGUGAAGGGUUCACUUCCAUUGGUCAGAUAUUCCCACCGGUGAUGAAUAUCUUCCAGUUGCAAAUGUAAAGGGAGUCAUAAAGACCUCUGAUGAAUAUCUUCCAGUUGCAAAUGUAAAGGGAGUCAUAAACACAAGGUCUGAGUUAAUUUCUCCAAGUAGAUAAGGAAAACAUCAUUAUCUAUUAUGUCGAAUUUGUCAAAAUUUUAGGUCCUUACCUACUUUGAGGAAGUUUGUUACACGUGUCUUAAUAUACUUGGCAUAUAUGCUUGAUGCCAAAACACAGUAUCCAGUUGAACUGCAUACCUGUUUAGUGCUCUUGGUGGCUAAGUUCAUGCUUCAUUUCCUCAUCAAUUGCUGUCUAUUUGUAUAAACUAUUGCCAAUAUAAAUCCUGUAUAUCUUGACCACUA